AUGUCAAACUUAAAAAUUUUAGUUGGCUGCAAAAAAGUUAUAGAUUAUGCCAUGAAAAUUCGUGUAAAUUCUUCAAAAAACAAUUCUUUUGGUUUAAUAUGGGCUCGAAGACAAUCAAAUCAAUCACAUCAAAAACCAACACCAGCAACUGUACAAGUACCACUUUCAAUCAAAAGGCCUAAAAGACCUAAAAAAUCAAGUUCUGAAUCAUUGGACCCUAAAACAAAAAAAAUUCUUAAAGGUUUAUCACUUGUUGGUGCAGGUAUAGGGAUAUUUUUUAUAGCAUACUCAGGUCGGCCUUUUGAAACAGAUAGAGAGAAUCAAUAUAAAGAUUUAGGUUCUUUCACAGCAUGGUAUAAACGAGUAGAAGCACGCAAUAGAGAUCUUUUCCAUUUUUUCACAGAACCUCCAUCAGAUAAAUUAUUACCAGAUAAAGAUGUAACAAAUAGUCCACCACUUACUCUAGUAAUAAAUUUAGAUCAAACACUUAUCUAUUCCAGUUGGGAUAGGGAACAUGGUUGGCGUACUGCAAAACGUCCUGGCUUAGACUUUUUUUUAUUUGUCAUAUCUAAUUUAUAUGAAGUGGUUUUUUUCACUUCUCAACCUUCUCAUGAUGUUUCCAAGUUAAAUCGAGAUAUUUCCAAGGUUAUAAUAAUGGAUUCUAAUCCUGACUCUUAUUCAUUACAACCUGAGAAUGCAAUUACUGUACCUCCUUGGAAGGGCAACCCUAAUGAUACAUUUUUGAUUGACAUCAUACCAUUUCUUGAAUAUGUUCGUGAAAUACUAGUACAAUACAAAGAAAAAAAUAUCCCAAAAGCUUAUGCAGAAUGGGAAGAAGGAUGGAAAGAAAAGAGUCGAAUAGAAUGGGAAACAUCAAAACACUCAAAAAAAGGUUUAGCCAAUAUAGCUUCAUAUUUAGGUGGUUCACAUAUGCAAGAAUCAAUGGUACCACCAUAUGAACAAAAAUUUCAUGAAAGGCAAAGUUUAAAUAAGCAUCUUCAUGAACAAUUUAAAUCAUUGAAAGAACAAGCACCAGAAGCUCAAAAAAGAUGGAAACAGGAUUUAGAAAAUUAUGAAAAACAAUUUAAUGAAAGCAUGAAAGAACAAAAAAUGACAAUUUGGCAACUUGCAACUAAAGGUCCUCCACAAAUUUCUAUACCUCCACCAGAAAUAUCACCAGAUUUGCAACAUGCUCAACAUUCAUGA